AUGGAUCUUAGCGAGAGGAAGUUAAUUGGGUUGAAUUUAAUUCGAGAAGCAGAGGAAAAAGUUUGUUUGAUCCAAGGUUGGUUGAGGGAAUUGUUUGACAGAAAAAGAUCUAACGUAAUUCUAAAACAAAAGGAAAUAGAGUUUGUCAUGGAGGACAAAGUGUUUCUCAAGGUGUCACCUUGGAAGAAAGUUCUUCGUUUUGGGCAUAAAAGGAAGUUGACCUCACGCUUUAUCGGACCAUAUGAGGUGCUUGAGAGAGUUGGUCCAGUAGCCUAUCGUUUAAUCUUGUCGCCUGAGAUGGAGCGCAUCCAUAACGUGUUCCAUGUAUCCAUGCUUAUGAGAUACCAUUCGGGCUCCUCUCACGUUAUUUUGCUAGAACAAAUUAAAGUAAGUCAGGAUAUUUCUUAUGUUGAGGAUCUUGGCACGAGAAGUUAA